AUGUGGCCCCAACCCCGCCUCCCUUCCCACCCUGCGAUGUCAGAAAAAACACAACAGGGCAAAUUGGCCGCAGCCAAGAAAAAGCUAAAAGAAUAUCAGCAGAGGAAGAGCUCUGGCAUUCCAGCAGGAGCUAACAGGAAAAAGAAAAUCAAUGGCAGUAGCCCUGACACAGCCACUUCUGGUGGUUACCACUCACCUGAGGAUUGAGCAACAGGUAUCUACAGGGAGGGCCCUGCAUCAUCUGCUACCCUGAAGGAUCUGGAGAGCCAGUACCAAGAACUAGCAGUAGCCCUGCACUCAAGCUCCACAAUAAUCAGUCAACUCAGUGAAAACAUCAAUUCACUGGUUCACACAUUGAAGGAAGAGAAGAAGCAUGAGAUACAUCGGGUAGAGAAGCUUGGGAGGAGCUUGUUCAAACUCAAAAACCAGAAGGCUGAACCCCUGGCCCCAGAGCUGCCAGCAGGGCCCUCUAAGGUGGAGCAGCUACAAGAUGAGACCAACCACCUAAGGAAGGAGCUGGAGAGUCUGGGAAGACAGCUCCAGGCCGAGGUGGAAAACAAUCAGAUGUUGAGUCUCCUGAACAGAAGACAGGAGGAGAGGCUACGUGAACAGGAGGAGAGGCUACAUGAACAGGAGGAGAGGCUACGUGAACAGGAGGAGAGGCUGUGUGAACAGGAGAAGCUGCCAGGGCAGGAGAGGCUGCUGGAAGAGGUGGAGAAGCUGUUAGAACAGGAGAGGCGGCAGGAGGAGCAGGAGAGGUAGCUGGAGAGGGAGAGGCUGCUGGAUGAGGUGGAGGAGCUGCUGGAACAGGAAAGGCUUCGGGAACAGGAUGAGAGGCUGUGGCAGCAGGAGACUCUGAGGGAGCUGGAGAGGCUGCGGGAGCUGGAGAGGAUGCUGGAGCUGGGGUGGGAAGCCCUCUACGAGCAGCGGGCUGAGCCACACAGCGGCUUUGAGGAGCUGAACAACAAGAACAAGAGCACACUGCAGUUGGAGCAGCAAGUAAAGGAGCUGAAGAAGCUGGGUGGAGCUGAAGAGCCAAGAGGCUCCAAGUCUGCAGCAGCAGCCAGACCAGUACCUGUGUACCGCUCUAAAAGCCCUAAUCUCACAGGAGCUUGGGUGUGCAGACAAGCAGGGUGGACUCCCCAGGAGCACCCAGGCUUGGGUGGAGAAGCUGUUGGUACAGGAGAGGCGGCACGAGGAGCAGGAGAGGCUGCAUGCCAUUCUUUUCGGGCUGCCAAGAACAGGGAGAUAAACAUCACCAUCAUCUAAGAGCUGGUCAAGAAAUUUAAAAAAAAUAUGUUAAGGGGUUAAUCUCCUACACAAUUCAUUUACUUUAUUUGAAUGUUAGAGCCACUUAUGUUUAUUUGUGUUUCUAAUUUAUAGUUUAAAUUUAUUUGUGUUUCUAAGUUAUAGUUUAAAUUUAUUUGUAAAAAGUUAAAGGAGAGUGGGUCUUUCCCUCAUGUUCACUCUGCCAUCCUUUAGCAUUUUUUUAAUUUGAUAAUUAUAGGAUGUUAGCAUACAUAUCGAGUUUGCCCUUGUGUGGUGGGAGUUCAAACACACAAAGACCCACUAUAUGCACACAACUGUUCUUGCUGGUUUGGGAUAGGCUGCCAUGCUUUUUUAAUGUUAGUGCAGCAUGUAUAUUCAUUACGGAAUUGAGAUAAAAUUUGCUUAUGUUCUGCUGUUAUGUUUGAUCGAAUCCUAAUCACAGUGAGCUCUUCAUUAGGUCAAUAUGUGGUUUGCCCUCAAGUGCGCAGUCUAUUACUUUGUAAUAUGCCGCUGUGAGUACUGACAUUUACAGUUGUUUAAAGGCGGAGCACUGGAAACAGCCUUUCCCCCUUUUUCUGUGUAUUGGGGAUGGGAGUAGUAACAUUUUGGGGAGCUUUUUAAAUCCCCCAGAAGAGGAAAGUGGCCUACUCUGGCAGGUGUGUGCAGGAUAGAAUAUGUUUCAUUUGUUCUGGUGCCAAGAAUGAGCGCUGUACUAUGGUAGUUCCCUUAGGAUUUGUAUGUGCUCUGGGUGCAUGAAGAUAUUGCCUCAUGAGCUGUGGCAGUUGUACUCUUCUUUGACCACCUAAAAAGGGAUUAUUUCUGAGGAAUGAAAGGCUCCCAUCAUGACUGUGGAUGUGGGAAACCUUUUCUAGCUUAGAGCAUUUAUAUCUACAAUACAUUUUAAAGUCAGAGUUCAUGUUCCCUGUUUUAAUCACAUGACAACAUGUCCCAGCACACAAAAGGGCACUGGUUGGCAUUCUUCUUAAUGUAUUUAGUAAAGAUCAGAAGAAAUCCUUUAAGAGUUUAAAUGUCCCUGGAACAGGCAUACAGGCUCUAGUCAAGAAUGAAUUCGAGUGAAGGAAAGCUGUGUGACACCUGGCAUUCCUCUAUGUUCAUGGAGCUUAUUUGAGGCUAGAAGAUGGAUUUUUACCAUCUAGACCUCUCUGGCUAAUACCUAGUCUUCAAGCAUCUGACAUAGGAAUUUACUUCUUUUCCUUGAAUGGAAAAGACUUUAAAAAUAAUAACAAACAUUAUUAUAAACUAAUAUAUGUGAGAGUACUUAGUUGAAACAAAAAGGAGUUUUAGUAGACAGUGUUAUACUACAUUUGAAAAUCAAGAAGUUUAUGCAACUUAAAAUGUUUACAAACUGCAGCGCAAUCUACUGUUUGUGAAUGUGUCAUGAGGAAAGUGUCUAUACAAUCGCAGAGUUAUAUUUCCUCACAAAGUUCUUUACGAAGAGUGAAAUAUGUUUUUAUACUUUUUGCUUUCAGUUAGAGGCAUAUUUUGUGUAAUAUUUAUGUUAAUGUGCAUGAUCAAUGAAUUAUUUCAGUCAUAUGUUGCCUAUAUCAUAACUGGAUGAUGCUUGGGAAAGAAUCAACAGCUAAAACUUCAUGAAGUUCUAAUGUCUGUGUUCCAAAAUACAUCAUAUCAUUAGGAUGUAGGGAGAGAUGUAUCUGCGCUCCCUGGGGUGGGCAUUUCUAGUUACUAGACCAUCUCCAUUUUUAGCAUUUGGCAUCCUCAUGAUACAUUUAUAAAUAUGACAUUAAUAGGAGAUCAAUAAUACAAUUUUACAGAUUGAAUAAGAGAAUUGCCUGCAUUCACUGAAAGAUUGCAAAUAUUGAGCCCUUGUGACUUCAACUGACUCUUCCAAAUUGUAUGAAUUUAUCAAUGUAUUUGAUAAACUCAGUUUCAGAAUGACAAAGAAAAACUGUUAGACCAAAUAAUGUGGCUAAUUAACAGUGGUAGGAUUUCCAGCCCAAGGGUUUAAAAUGGACUUAAGGUCCUGUUCUUGCCUUUUAUUUUCUGAACUUGCCGCUUUUGCAUUCUUUGAGUUCAGUUUAAAGACAGUUACUUUAAGUCCAUUUUAAACCCUCGGGCUAGAAAUCAUAUCACUGUUAAUUAGCCACAUUAUUUGGUCUAACAGUUUUUCUUUAUCAUUCUGAAACUGGGUUUACCUAAUACAUUGAUAAAUUAUUUCAAAGGUAUUUUUAUGGUUCAAAUCACUUCACUUUUACCCUGACACGUAUAAAUGACUAGGAAUGACCUUCAGAUAGCGUUUAGCAUCUGUAACCAAUCUGACAAUAAUGUGUUCAUCAGGUACCUAUGGAUUAAAUCACAUACGGGCAUAUUUAAGGUGAAUGUCAGUCUGAAAAAUAAAUGUACUAUAUUAACUGAAAUACCACUCUUUGUGUAGGUAUUUUGUCAUAUGUUUAAGAAAAAGCUAAAAAGAAUGGAAAUCGUGUGACAAUAACUUAAGUCUUCCUUCAAAGUGCAUGCAGUCUUUUGCAGUACCUCAUUCAGCCAAGUAUUUGUUCUCUUCCUCAUUCAGUAUAAGGCAGCUUUCAAUUUGCUUGGAAGGCAACAUUAGAAGGUUAGAGUUCAUCAGAAACAGAAUUUUAAAAUGUGAGUUCAACUGAAUAAAUGUGAAUUUUUGUAGGAAGAAUCAAAAUACCUAUCUAAAGACUGCAAUAUAUAAUUAUUUUUAAAGUAUUUGAUUAAACCUGAUAGGUUUUCUCAAAAUGAAAAUAAUCAGUUCUAAAAGCAAAGCUAGUUUUUUGAAAAUGUGAAAAUGUAAAUCAGCCCUAUCCAUAAUAUAAUUUCUCUAAAACUUUAUCUUAGUCAUUUUAAAAUAAUAUAACUAUUAAAAAAUGUAACUGCUAUCUUAAUGUUUUGAAAUAAGUUAAAACAUUUUAAAUAUGAAUACUGUAGUUUAAAAGAAAGAAACCAGGUGAAGGAAAAGUAGAGAAAGAAAUGCCAAUUCCAGUCCAAAGCUUUAUUUGCCAAGUUUUCUUAGAAUGACUUUUACCUAUUUAUGAAUUCUUACAAACAGAAUGUAUAAUGGAAAUACUGACUUUUGCCUAAAGUGGCAUUGUUGACUGCUGUGAUGUUACUGUAAUGUAAUAAAUUAUUAAAUUGUUGCAA